CUCGGCAUCUGAACGGUGCAAAUUAGGCGGUGGGGGCCUACCCUUUUCACCGACAAAUCGUAAUGUAAUGUCGGUUGUUGCGAGCCUCCGUUACCUGUCGACCGAUGGCGUGGUGGUGGUGGCUGCUGGUGCAGUUGGCGGCGUGGUGCUGCGCCAUCUUGGUGGCGGUGCUGUGCUGGAAGUGGGCCACCAAGCCCCACGUGGACGCUCCGGGGCCGCCCACGCUGCCCAUCAUCGGGAACAUCCUGGAGUUCCUCGAGAUGCCGGUCACCCUCCGUAAGAUGUUCGACCUCCACCGCCGCUACGGAGACUUGACGAGGCUGUACCUGGGCCCAAUGCUGGUGGUGCUGGUGGCACACCCAGAUGAUGCGCAGCACAUCCUGCUGACGUCGAAGCUGGUGGACCGAGGCAGCUUCGGCACCAACGCCAUGCGGACCUUCGUCGGCGACGGGCUGGUCACCCUGGAUGCCGGCCGGUGGAGGGUGCACCGCAAACUCAUCAACCCCACAUUCCACUCUGAGAUUCUGGAGGGAUUCCUGGAGGCUUUCCACGACGGUGGUCUCUUCGUGAGCGAGCGCCUCGCCAGGACCGCAGGCGCAGUUACGGAGGUCCACCCUCCAGUGUUCUUGGCAGCCAUCCGGAACUUCUGCAGCACCGUCAUCGGCAUGGACCCCGACCAUCUCAUGCCAGAUGCCUUGGCGGAGGAGGAGAUCUCUGCCGCGAUGAACGACGGCUUGACCACCGUGCAGAAGAUGAUAGUGCGACCAUGGAUGCAGAACAAGAUCCUGCUGAAGCUAACCUCCAAAGGACGUGGCCUGUUCAAGUUCGUGAAAAUACUGGAGAACUGGGCCAUGCAGUGCAUCGCCAUUAGGUCGGCAGCCACAGAGGACGGAGCCACCAAGACACGGCAGCGCCUGCUGGAAGCUCUGGUCAAGCCAGGUGGGCAGAUUGUGAUGCCACUCGACGAGGUUCAGGGCGAGCUGGUGAACCUGCUGAUAGCGGGCACGGAGACGACCGCCGUGACCGUCAGCUACGCGCUGGCCCUGCUGGCGCUGCACCCCGAGUGGCAGGACGCGGCCCGCCGCGAGCUGAGGGACGUCUUCGGCGACGGCGAGGACCACCUGCGGGCGCCCAGCCUCGCAGACCUGGGCCAACUCCGGGUGGUGGAGAGCAUCGUCAAGGAGACACUGCGACUGUUCCCAACAGUCCCGAUGCUUCCUCGGGUGGCCACGGAGGACCUUUGGCUGUCUGGAGGGUCUGCAAAGCGGGUGUUGGUCCCUAAGGGUACCCUGCUGGUUGUAUUGCCCUUCAUCACACACCGCCUGCCGCAGUUCUUCCCAGACCCACAGCGGUUCGACCCUUCGCGCUUCUUGGAGGACCGCGUCGGCAAGGAGCACGCGUACAGCUACCUGCCCUUCGGGUUGGGCGCGCGCAACUGCGUGGGCUCCCAGUACGGCCGCCUGCAGAUCAAGAUCUACCUGGCAGACAUUCUGAGGCGCUUCCGCUUCCUGCCGCACAGCCGGCGGGAGGACCUGGAGGAGAGUGCGCUUUCCUUCAGCCUGAACCCCAUCAAGCCAAUCAGACUGUCCUGCGUGCCUCUGCAAACGCCGUGCACAAAGGACCAUACUCAACAAUGCUGAUCGUCAUAGAGGCCAAUGUCCUGUAAGUUCAAUUUUUGGAGGUAGUACUUAGAUGGCCGUGGAGAUAGUUGCUGGCAUCCUGUAAAAGUCUUUGUUCAGAAAUGUAAUCUUGUAUUAUAGCCAAU